AUGGGUGCUUCAUUGGAAUCUUCUCGCCCUAUAAUGGCCCCAAGUGUCACCUCGAAGCGCACCUCUGCCCGCUUCAGCACCUACAGCGCAGCCCCCUCCGUCGCCAACACCGUCAAGACAACCCUGUCCUCCGACUCAGCCCAGCAAGAGAUCAAAGAUAUCGAGAACGGCCUCAUUAAGCUCGAGAAUAAGAAGCUGGCCACUCAACGUUUCGUCCCCACGAAGGAGAAGAGCGAGCACUUGAGCAGCCUGGCAUUGGGAGCUAAGUUGGAGCGUGCCCUAGGCAGGAGAAUGGGCGGCCAGGAUGCUGUGAUGCGGGACCGCAAGAAGCCCGUUCUGGAGGAGAAGGUCAUGGAGAAUGAGAAGUUGGCUGCGGCAUGA